AUGGAUGGACCUGAGUUUCUUUAUCAAGAUCUCUCAUAUUGGCCGUCAGAACCAUCCGAUAUAUUCAACAAAAGUAAAACUGACGAAAUAUCAAAUCUUAGCGUGGUCGUAAAUGUAAACCCUACGAAAUUCAGCACAGAAAAUAGUGAAGUAAAAGAAGCUCUUGAAACCAACAGCUUAAAUAUGCGUAAUGUAAUCAACGUUGAGCAAUUCAGUUCGUUGCACAAACUUUUUAAAGUUACAGCUUAUGUGUUAAAAUUUAUAAUUAGUCUUAAGCAUCUUAUAAAUAAAGCCAAUAAUCAGACAAAAUCUCUUUGCAUUGCGGAUAUUCGAAAAGCUGAAAUUCUUUGGAUCCGAACCUACCAGUGUGACCUUUCUAACAAAGUGGAAAUUCUGAACAACACUUUUGGUCUCUUCGUUGACGAGGAUAAAGUAGUUCGUUGUAAAGGACGGUUACAAAAUUCAAUACUGCCUUAUAAUGCUAAACACCCAAUUUUGCUACCAAGUGAAUCUUAUUUGUCAGAAUUAUUAAUAUUUCAGGCUCACAAACGAACUCUACAUGCAGGUGUAAAGGAAACUCUCUGCCAAAUAAGGUCAAAAUACUGGAUCCUACGAGGUCGUAAGCUUGUACGCUCAUUGAUAAACAAAUGUUCAUUCUGUAAAAGAUUGUUUGGGAAGGCUUUUACAUCUAAAGUGUCACCACCGUUGCCUUACUAUCGUGUCACUGCAAGUUUUCCUUUCCAGCAUACUGGAGUUGAUUAUUUAGGACCAUUGCACGUUAAACCGAUAUUCGAUGACAAUUCUACUGAAAUGUAUCCCGUGCACGUAGUGUUAUUUACCUGCGCCACCACCAGAGCCAUUCACCUGGACUUAGUACCUGACUUAUCUGCGAAAUCAUUUAUUCUAUGCUUAAAUCUUAUAAUAUCAGACAAUGCCACAUGUUUUAAGAAUGAAGAAGUUAAAUUAAGCGAGGAGCUUUUGUUGUUGGGAAUCGAUUGGAAAUAUAUUAUUGAAGCUGCUCCCUGGUGGGGUGGUUUUUGGGAACGUCUAGUGCAAUCGGUCAAAAAACCGCUACUCAAGGUUGUGUUUAGAAGUAGCAUCAGAUAUGACGAGCUGGAAACAAUUCUUUGUGAAAUAGAGGGUCUUCUCAACUCAAGACCAAUAACAUACGCUUACCAUGAAGACACUGAAGAAGUUCUAACCCCUUCCCAUUUGAUGCACGGUCGAAGACUUAUUUCACCUAACGAAACUAAAGGGGCAGAUCUUGACAAGCUUGAAAGUAAGAUUCAGUUAACUAAACGAAUGAAAUAUUUAAAACUGAUACGUGAUCAUUUUUGGCGUCCUAUCGAAAAGCUAUACCCUAUAGAAGUCAAGUCAGUCGAAACAGUAACUGAUACAGAGCUAAACGCCAGCAACGAUGCUGUAGAUGAAAGUAACGAUUUUUCUGAUACAAAAUACGAAAGACCUCAUAUUCAUACUGCAGAAUCAGAAGUAGAAAUCAAUAAAACAGAAAGAGAGAAAAAAAAAUUUAUUUUUGAAGAACCUCCUUUACCAUCAUUACCAUUGUGGGAGCCACCAAAGCUUCUUGAUUCCGAUUCAAACUUUUUGUCCGUCUCUGCCUCAAUGGAUCAAAUAGAUGACUUGCCAGUUACACAGAUUGUGUUUCCAUCAGAAAUGCAGUCUGUUUCACAAGUUCAACCGUUACUGCAUUCAUCUUCUUCUUUUUCUUUACCAUCUCAAAAAACUGGGAUAGACCAAAUUAAUAACUUUAUUCGGAAAGCAAAUGUUGAACCCAAUACUGUUGAAGGCAUUCAAUUUAUAGUGAAAUCCGUGUACAGAAAACUUUGUGGGUUGGAAACAGAAAUGCGUUCCAUGCGUUCAAUUUUAGACACUAAUCAUGGUAAUAAAGAAAAUAUUAAUAUAGAUUAUUUACCAGCUAAUUCAGUUAAAGAGUUUGACUCACUAGAAAAUAAAAUAAUUAACUCUAAUGAUAAAGAUAUCAUUUGCAGAAAGUUAAAGCAAAUUGGUGGGAGAAAUGUAAGUGACUUUUUAAAAAAUGCUUUAAAAACUUGUUUAACAGACAAGCUGUGCUGCAGCAUUAAUCGAACUGGUGCAGAUAAAAGCGUAAAUUUAUAGGACCAUUCGAAAGUU